UUUUACAUUCUGAGCUUCCUUCCUUACCGAGAUAUUAUUCGGUGUACAUCUGUAUGUAGUACCCUUCGCCAGACGUACUUGUCCUCCUCCGAACUUCAGUCCAUCGUUGAAAUGAGUGGACAACAGUUGCUCGCUGUCCCCAACACAGACAAUAGCAUACCUAUUUCCAAGCGUCUGCAACUUUUGAGAGACAAAGCUCACGCAUGGUUCAAGGUUGACCUCCUUUCCUUCAAAACGGUCCCCAUAACAAGGUCACGGCGAUCUCGGGAAAACAGUAUUUCUGGCGAGCAUUUCUGCUUGUGGAGCAGACUAGAAGAUACGGCCAUGGUCUUCCCGGUACUUCCAAAGUCCUCACAACAGUCAAUUCAGCGAAGCUGGCUCCCAGGAACGUUGUGUUCAGUUCCACACUCAUUCAACCUUGAUGUGUUUAUGGACCCAGCACAAAACCUGAUCGCUGUCGCUUAUCUCGUUGGUAACAAGACAGUUUAUAUUAACCUCGGAACCCUGGAUGGUUAUGGUGUUCACCCUCAGGCUGCUGGAGAGAGACUGUUUCUAUCGGGCGACUCGGAAAACUGCCCUGAAACCAUAUUUGCGAAGCUCAAAUGUUUCGGGAGGCAUAUCGCUUUGUUGCGUCGCUUGACCGCUGAAACGUUGGACAAGGCGUGGCAGCUGCAGAUUUGGGACUGGAAAUACUCGACGACAUCCAGUCAUCCUCAGCGGUACAGUACCCGGCCCAUCCAACGCCACAAUCGAUUUUUGUUUCCUCGGGAACAAUCGAUUGCUAGUUAUAACCGAUAACUUGAAUCUCUAUUCAAUUGAGAACAUGUCCCAGACGCCGGAAUUUCUGGCGUGUUUCCUGAUGCCCAUCCCGUUGAUAAGUCCUACAGUACCUCCCUU